AGAAAAUAUAACACAUAUACAAAAUAUUUCACGCCAAUAAACACCCAUUUAUCCCAUCCCCAUUUUCUUGGUGUCCAAAAUCUCUCACUGUAGCAACCGCCAGCAAAAAUGGCUACUCGUGUAGCGACGACUAUAGUCCGAUCCCUCACUAGACAAACGAGUCCACGUUUAUUAUCAACCGCCACCGGCACCAGCCCCGGUCUCGUCGGGGCUGAGCCGGCGGUGGCAACAUGGUGGAUUAUGUCAGCUCCGGUGUUCGGUGCUCGUAAUGCGAGUACAAUGACGUUGGCGGAGAAGGAACAGAAAGAGCAGAAGGAAGAGGCGGUGGGUGGUGGUGGUGGUGCAACGGAGGCAGCCGCUGGUGGUCAGAAAGGUAAAGAGGUGGCGAGUUAUUGGGGAGUGCCACCGUCGAGACUUACGAAAGAAGAUGGUUCAGAGUGGAAGUGGAAUUGUUUUAGGCCAUGGGAGACGUAUGAAGCAGAUUUGUCGAUUGAUCUGAAGAAACAUCAUGUUCCGAAGACGUUUUUGGACAAAUUUGCAUAUUGGACUGUCAAGUCGCUACGAUUGCCUACUGAUAUCUUCUUUCAGAGGCGAUAUGGAUGUCGAGCAAUGAUGCUCGAAACAGUGGCUGCGGUUCCCGGAAUGGUGGGAGGAAUGCUGCUUCACUGUAAAUCACUGCGGCGGUUCGAGCCAAGUGGCGGGUGGAUCAAAGCUCUGUUAGAAGAAGCCGAGAACGAAAGAAUGCACCUAAUGACUUUCAUGGAGGUUGCAAAGCCAAAAUGGUACGAACGAGCGCUUGUUUUCGCGGUCCAAGGCAUCUUCUUCAAUGCCUACUUUGUUGCAUACCUUGCUUCCCCUAAACUAGCUCACCGGAUCACCGGGUACCUUGAGGAAGAAGCAAUCCACUCGUACACCGAGUUCUUGAAGGAGCUUGAUGCUGGAAACAUAGAAAAUGUCAAGGCGCCCGCCAUUGCUAUUGACUAUUGGCGUCUUCCUGCUAAUUCAACGCUUCGCGAUGUUGUGAUGGUUGUGAGAGCGGACGAAGCUCAUCAUCGCGACGUUAAUCACUUUGCUUCGGAUAUACAUUAUCAAGGACUUGAGCUUAAAGAUUCACCAGCUCCAAUUGGAUAUCACUGAAGUAUAUGCUCUAUGAUGGCUUGGGACUUUGGGUACCCAUUGUCAAAACAUACUUGUAUAUAUUUAAUGAUUACAUAUGUACGUUGUUUGGUACUCGUCGGUAAGAAAAUAUUUUUGUGUUCGUUCGUCUAA